AUGCACGGCUCGGCCGGACUGCAUUCAGCUUUGGCGAUAAAACGCCAAAGAAGACACCGCGAACAGGCGAAGAAGCGAGCAGCAGAGCGAAGAUUAUCUAACAGAACCAACAGUACUGACAGUAUAGAACACCCCCCGAGAAGAGGAAGUUUCCAUCCCCCAAAUGACACAACAUUUGCUACAUCAAUUGGCAUGCUCCAUCUGGGCGUCUGCUUUAUGGUGCUCGGACUUUUUCUCAUAGGAUCUGGUCUUCUUCCAGAUGAUAUAGUUACUUGGAGCAGCGGGGGUUGGUGGAACGAAUUGGUUCUUACAGGAAUAUUUGUCCUGGCAAUAGGGCUCUUCUUUAUUAUUCUAAACCGUAUAAUGAGCACUCGAGAAGAAGAGGAGCUGGAAGAUUAUGUCUCCCGACAAUUAACUAGAUCUAGAAGUGGACAUAGACUCGAGAGAGACGUGGAGACUGGAUGUCUAACUACAAAGAACCAUAGGAGACUUUUAGAAAAACAACGAGAAGAUAAAAAUAGAGGCUUAACUGACAUUGCUCCAACACAUCACCACAAAGUCCCUCCAGCAGACGGAGAAAUAUAUCUGGAAAAGAUACUCGAAGAAGAAAUUAAUGAAAAAGAAAUGGAUUCCAACAGACACUUUGAAUAUAAGGAAACCAUUUCAAAUACAACUACAGCUAGUCUCAGCCCUGGCACUCCUUCAGAGGUAAGGGAGCUAUUGGCUAACGGGAGGCAGUAUAGUUUUAAUUCUAGGCAGUACUAAGUUACCAAACUGUGAUUUUAUUCGAUUUAUACUUAUCAACGUUUAAGGUAAAUAUAUGGUGGAGGAGCCAUCACGGAGCUCUGUACUGAUGGAGCACCUCCACCAAUUUUCAAACACCAAUGUUGGGAGAGUAAACAGUGUAGGUGUAUUUUCCUAAAAGUUGACCAUAAUUUUUAAUUUCUACUAACUAAAGCAUGUUAUAUCAUCAGAAUUAACAUAUCGCAGUUGGACCAAAAAUUUAGACAAAAACGAUCACUACCAUUAUAGUUACGAAUGUAGUAUUACUAGAAGAUAUUAAUUUAAAUAGUAAAAAAGUAACAAAUUACUAUUAGGUAUCAAAAUUUUACAAAAUUGUCCGA